AUGGACUACCAGAACCGCGCAGGCUCCAAGUUUGGCGGCGGCGGCGUCGCCUCGCACUCGGCCACAAACGCCGACCGCCGCGAGCGCCUGCGCAAGCUCGCCCUCGAGACCAUCGACCUCGACAAGGACCCCUACUUCUUCAAGAACCACGUCGGCUCCUUCGAGUGCCGCCUGUGCCUCACCGUCCACCAAAACGACGGCUCCUACCUCGCCCACACCCAGGGCAAGAAGCACCAGACCAACCUCGCCCGCCGCGCCGCCCGCGAGCAAAAGGAGGGCCGCCACGGCCAGCACGGCCACCACGGCGCCUCGGGCCCCAUCGAUCCCGCCACCGGCCUGCCCGUCGCCUUUGGCGCCUCGGCCCCGCGCCGCAACCUCAUCAAGAUCGGCCGCCCGGGCUACAAAAUCACAAAGAUCCGCGACCCCGUCUCCCGCCAGCAGGGCCUGCUCUUCCAGCUGCAGUACCCGGACGCCGCCCCCGACGUCUCCCCCAACUGGCAGGUCACGAACGCCUUCACCCAGCACGUCGAGGAGCCCGACAAGAACUUCCAGUAUCUGCUCGUCGCCGCCGAGCCCUACGAGACGGUCGGCUUCAAGAUCCCCGCCCGCGAGCUCGACAAGCGCGGCGACCGCCAGUUUUGCUUCUGGGACCUGGACUCCAAGGAGUUUUGGAUCCAGGUCAUGUUCAUGACGGAGCGCGAGGAGCGCUUCAACGCUGCUCCGGGCUUGACCGGCAGGAACUGA